CAAGGUAUCAAAACAGAGAUCAAGAGGAGACGGGAUCUUCUAAAGGCCGGCCAAUUGAGGAGCUGACGAGCGGAGGCGCGAGACUGCGUGUAGGAGGUGCCCAUCAGACCAGUCCCUCUCGACAUGAGGGUCCCCUACGCUAGCCUCCAUGCUGGUGUGUGAAUGCAGCUCACCAGCAUCUCACUACUGUGCAACCGGAGUUGGUCGUCAAGGGGCAAUAAUGCUGGCCAGCGCGCAGUCGACCUGGGCGUCAGCUAUUUUGGUGGACGGAUCGCUCGAUCUGUCCGCCACCCGCUGUGAGUCGAGUCGUGGCGCCCGAUUGACAGGCAGUGGCGGGGUCCGAUUUGAAUAGACCAGCGUCGACGAGGAUUCGUGGAGCCUAGCUCAACUCUGUUGGGUGUUGGUGUCGCAUCCGCAUCCGCAUACGCUCUCGCUUUCUUCCCCUUCUACACCUACACCCUCUUUGCAUCCGAUACUCUCUUCAUAGCGCUCGUCAUGGCUUCAUUGACAUCCUCGGUCGAAUCCAUCUUCUCUGGCGCGGCCAACGUCGUCGAGGGUCUGCUCGAGUCGGUCCUGGCUGUCGUCCGUCACAUCUUUGACCUCGUCGUUGGCACUUUGCGUGGCGUCAUUCACGUCAGUGAGGAGGUCGUCGUCGAUACCUGGUCUUUGAUCGAGAACGUCAUUCGUGGCAUCUUCCAGAACAUAGUCCCGAUUUUCCUGCUCAUCAUCGGCGCGACCGCUGGCAUCAUGCUGGCCACUGCUUCGUCCAAGAAGAAGACUGGAGGCCCUUCAGCUGCUGCAAAGGGCAAGAAGAAGAGGGCUUGAGGGAUCAAUGUUGGAGACAGAGGGGAUGGAUUGCGUGCGCAUCGAGGCCGAUGACUCAAGGAGACGCAAAUGCAGGUGCGUCCGGGGCUGAUGGUAACGAUGCGAAAUCCUACGUCCGUGGCUUGAUACCUUCGAAUACCAAUAUAAUCACUUGAUCGUUUCGAAAGGCCGCACGUAGAACGUCAGGUC